AUGCACCCUGGUAAACAUGAAGCAUGGAGGAUGAUAUUUUGCCUUUGCUGGGUCACAACAUCCACGGAGAUGGGAAUGACAGCUCAGAAAAUGACACAGAAGGUGAGGAAUCAGGAACUGAGCCAAUGGAGCAAGGUCAAGGUGAAGGGCAUGAAGGUGAAGGCCAUGUAGCCGAUGGUGAAGGUCAGGCAGAUGGUGAUGAAGGUCAAGUAGAAGUAGCACCAGCAGUUGAAGCGCACGCAGGACAAGAAGAAGAAAGGCCAAGGUCAGGAAGGUUUCGUCUGUGGAGGCGAUACAGGAGACCUGAGCGACAACCACCUCGACCUGAAGAUAUCAAUUUUGAUUCUUCUCUGCCUGGAACUCACUCAUACCUUGGCAAUGACCUAGAAGAGGUCAGAGGUCGCACAGUUCAUGAAGAUGACAGUCUGCAUACCCUGCCUAUUCUCACCUUACCAGGUGUGGUUUUAGUACCUGGUCAGAUGCUGCCACUUCACCUGUUCCACCCAUCUACUGUGUCCAUGAUGAGAAGGAUUGUCCAUGAUGGAGAUAAGACAUUUGGCCUAGUCACUUCAAGUUAUGCAGCAGACCGACUCCAGCCCACUCUAGCUACACUAGGCACCACAGCUGAGGUGCUGUACAUGAAAGAUGAGCUAGAUGAUGGUAGUGGCAUCAGGACUAUGAGAGUGAAAGCAAUGGGAAGGCAGAGGUUUCAGAUACAGGAGACACAAAGAAGAACAGAUGGCAUCAGCAUGGCCAAGGUGCGUAUCCUCCCAGAGAGGUAUCUCCCAGAGGCACUAGAGGGAGCCAGGCCUCCAUCUCACACAAAGUUCUGCAGGUGUCCUACUCUCUGGGACUCCGAGACCAGUGAGGUGUAUGAUAAUUAUGGGAUGCCAGAAGCUGUCACUCGUCAGACACAGAGGAAGAUGAAAAGGGAGGUAGGGAGGCAUUCUUGUGCAUAUUUGACCUGGUGGCCUCCGUGGGUGUAUAGACUGUAUGAUCCAGAUUUGUUAAUGCAUAAAGUCCGCAGUGAGUUGCAGAGCUGGAACAGGACCCUGACGGCAGACAAGAUGCCCAAGGAUCCCGUCGAGUUCUCCUAUUGGGUUCUUGGAAACCUGCCCAUUAGUGACGAGAUGAGGCUCCGUAUACUGAGAAAGGACAGUGCAGUACAGAGGCUCAGGAGUGAACUGAAUAUUUUACAAAAGUGCACAGUUCUGCAGUGUAAGGACUGUGAGCACCACAUAGCAGACAAGAAAGAUGUGUUUGUGAUGGCGGCCGAAGGUCCCAUGGCAGCGUACGUGAACCCAGGAGGUUACGUUCACGAGACGUUAACUGUGUACAGGGCCAGAGGUCUUCACCAUGUGGGGAGGCCUGAGACGGAGAAUAGUUGGUUCCCAGGGUAUGCUUGGACUAUAAUCAACUGCCACCAGUGUGGCAGUCAUCUAGGCUGGAGGUUCAAUGCAGUAAAGAAGAACCUGCAGCCUAGCAAGUUCUGGGGUCUUACUCGGGCCUCUAUAGUACCAGGCCUGGAUCUGGAAGAAGGACAGACGGCUUGGGAGCCAAUGGUCUAAGGAAAAAUGCAUCGAGUGAUUGGUCAGUGAUUGGUCAAGGGUCAGAUGUCUGAAAGGAGCAUCUUUAGUGACUGGCCUUGUUGUAUGAAAGGCAGACAGUAUUUGAGUCAGUGGCUCUCAGUAGAGUAUUUAAUUUUUGUGGCAGACAGGGAUUGGUCAGAAGGCAGACGACUUGAUCCAGACUUGUAGGUCUGACUGAUCAGAUUGUGCUUCAGCAGUAUUUCCAUUUAAUGAUUGAUAUAGCCAAUUGAUUUGGUUUGGAGUAUAUAACUUUUGCCAGAUGGUGAUGUCUAAUUUGGUUGAAAAUUUUAUCUAUUUGUCUAUAACAAAACUAAAUUACAAAACAUAGACCCCAUUCCCAGAGAUUAGA